AUGGCAUCACCUGCAUUAAAAAUUCUAUCAAGAGCUUCCAAGAAACUCAUUAAACCUUCUUCUCCAACCCCUUUAACUCAAAAAUGGCACAAAUUUUCUCUCAUUGAACAAGCUCAAACACACACUUAUGUACCCUUUGGUUUUUUCUAUUCCAACAAUCAACUAGGUGCACUUUCUAAUCAACCUUCUCAAACAUCAAAACUUCUUGAAAACUCCCUCUCCAAAAAUUUAGUCUCCUAUUAUCCAUAUGCAGGACACAUGAAAGAUAACGCGGUGAUCGAUUGUAAUGACAAAGGCGUUGAGUUCUUGAAUGUCCAUAUUGAUGCACCAAUGUCUCAAGUUCUCAAUGACAAAGAUUGUCAUGUCAAAGAUUUGAUCUUCCCUCAUGGUGUAGCUUGGGAGAACGAUUCGGAGUAUGGUUUGGCUGUGAUUCAAUUAACACAUUUCGAUUGUGGAGGAAUUGCAGUGAGUACAUGUUUGUCACACAAGAUUGGAGACGCGUGUAAUGGUUUACAAUUCUUGAUCGAUUGGGCUAAAUUAACACGCGAUCCAAAUGCAAAAAUAACUCCACCUUACUAUAUAAGUGACACUAUUUUUCCAUCACCACCAACUGGUCCUCUGGAUUCCCCUGUUGUUCCAUCAAUAUUAGAUGGAUGUACACAAAAGAGGUAUGUUUUUUCCUCAUCAAAAGUGAGUGAACUUAGGUCCUCUAUUGCUAGUGUCUCACAAGUGAAAGAUCCUACACCUACUGAAGUCCUUAGUGCACUUCUUUUCAAAUGUGUUGCUAAAGCAGUGACCGCGAACUCUGGCUCCUUUGUCCCUUCUAAAUUGAUCCAAUAUGCAGAUUUACGCGGAAUGAUUUCACCAAAGUUACCUCCUAACUCUAUUGGCAAUGUUCUGUCUCACUUUUCGACACAUAUUUCCAACGAAGCAGACAUGAACUUACCACAAAUAGUUAGUCUCAUGAGGGAGGAAAAACUACUAUUUAGGACUAGAGAUAAUAUCAAAGAAAAUGCAUGGGCAUUGGAGAUUCUUGAAUUAGCUAAAGGGUUGCCACCCAAGAAGAAGGAAUUUGAUGAGUAUACUUGUAGUAGUGUGUGUAAAUUUCCAUUCUAUGACGUCGAUUUUGGUUGGGGCAAGCCAAUGGCUGCAACCAUAGCUACUGGUCCAUACAAUAAGUUGUUCAAUUUGAUGAACUACAAAGACGAUGGCGUUGAAGCAUUCGUCGUGUUGGAUGAACAAGACAUGUCUGUAUUUGAGCGCGAUGAAGAGUUUCUUGAAUUUGCUUCUCCAUAUGCAAAUUAUUUUUAG